GCUAGCUAGCAGUUGGUAUUUUGAGCUUACAUUUCAAAUUCAGGAAGUUGUGAUCAAUUAGUCACCAUGGUUAAGACAGUUGAGUUGUAUGGAUUUUGCUCUGUUCAGUCUCCAGAAGCAGUGACAGAGUUUAUGGAGAAAUAUACUGGAAAAGGAACUGUUUAUGCUGUGAAGGUCUUCCACAAAGAUGGAAAAGCAAGAGCUUCUGCCAUAGUUCAAUUCACACAUGCCGAAUUUGCUGACAUGAUACUGACAGUUGCCGGAGAUCAUCUUGAAAAAUGUGUGCGGUACGGGAAUUCUUUUCUGAAAGCUAAAAGAUUGAAGCAUGACAUGUUCUCCAAAUCAGUAACCUUUCAACCUAGCAUGGAACUUGUAAAGCUGCACUUUGGAUGCCAGAUUUCCAACGAACAGUUUUCAGUGCUUUGGACACUAUCCGAUGUUUCGGUGAAAUUUGGGAUGAUACUUAAACAUUUCUACUUCUUUUUCUCUUAUGAUUCUAUUGAAUACAGGCUAGAAAUCUCCUACGACAAUGUUAGCCAGAUUGAGCUGCAUCGUCCACAUGGUCAACUUGCAAAGUUCCUUCUCAUCCAGUUACGUGGUGCCCCUCGGAUUUACAAGGAAGAUGUACCUGAUAUGAACAAUAUCGAGGAAGCUUCUGCUACUUACUGGGUUCGAGAAGUAGAUUUCACUCCAUCAUGCAGAAUUGGGCAAUCUUCUGCUGUAUGUUUGGAGCUUCCACUUAGGUGGAUUCUUCCAAAUCUAGGCAGCAGUUUUGUUCAUUAUAAAGCAGAUGAAGGACGGUUCGUUUUGGAGAGAGGUAGCAUUUUCUCCUGUGACUCAGAUCUUGUUCCUAUUGUGCGUCCACCCCUAGGCAUUAAGUUGCCAUAUAAAGUCCUGUUCAAGAUAAAUUCCUUGGUUCAGCAUGGAUGUGUUCCUGGACAAGCCCUUGAUGCCAAUUUUUAUGAGCUGGUUGAUCCUACUAGAAUAAGAAUUGAAGAUAUAGAGUGUGCCCUGGACAAACUAUUUCACUUAAAAGAGUGCUGCUAUGAACCUGUGAGUUGGCUCAGAGAGCAGUACAGAAAGUACCAGACAUGCAAGCAAAUUCCCGAAACGCCUGCUAUUUCUUUGGAUGAUGGGCUGGUGUAUGUACACAGGGUACAAAUAACACCAUCUAAAGUAUAUUUCUGCGGUCCAGAGGUAAAUCAUUCGAAUCGCCUUUUCCGAAAGUAUCCUGAAGAUGUUGAUAACUUUCUUCGAGUUUCUUUCGUUGAUGAGGACUUGGGGAAGAUGCGCUCGGCAGAUUUAUGUCCACGUGCUGCAGAACAGCAAAGGCGAACUAGAGUCUAUGAAAGGAUACUUUCUACUCUACGAAAUGGCAUAGUUAUUGGUGAGAAGAAAUUUGAGUUUCUUGCCUUUUCAUCAAGUCAAUUACGAGGUCAUUCUGUGUGGAUGUUUGCUUCAAGAAGUGAGCUCACAGCACAAGACAUCAGAAACUGGAUGGGUGAUUUUAAGGAGAUUAGAAAUGUGGCAAAACAUGCUGCCAGGCUUGGUCAGUCUUUCAGCUCUUCCAAGGAGACUUUUAGUGUUGGUGAGGAUGAAGUUGAAGAAAUUCCGGAUGUAGAAAUUGAAAGGGAUGGAGUUGAGUAUUGUUUUUCUGAUGGAAUUGGGAAAAUAUCUGCUGAAUUUGCUGCAAGGGUGGCAAGAAAGUUCAAGUUAAGUUGUACUCCAUCCGCCUUCCAAAUUCGAUAUGGUGGCUAUAAAGGUGUUCUGGCAGUUGAUCCAACAUUGUCAAAGAACUUGUCGUUGAGAAAGAGCAUGUGCAAGUACCAAUCCAACAACACAACACUAGAUGUUCUGAAAUGGAGCAAGUACCAGCCUUACUUCCUUAAUCGAGAAGUGAUUACCCUUCUGUCCACCCUCGGAGUUCCAGAUGACGUUUUUAUGGAAAAGCAAAAACAGGUUUUGAAUCAAUUGGAUGGCAUUUUAGCUGAUCCAUUAAGGGCACAGGAAGCACUGGACUUGAUGUUUCAAGGAGAGACCACCAACAUUUUAAAGGAAAUGGUUUUGUGUGGUUACACACCAGAUGCAGAACCAUUUCUGGCAAUGAUGCUACAAGCAUACUGUGCAUCAAAGCUUCUGGAACUGCAGAGCACAAGGAUAUUUGUCCCCGAUGGAAGAUCUAUGAUGGGAUGUCUAGAUGAAACUGGAACAUUGGAAUACGGUCAGGUAUUUGUGCAAUGUUCUCCCCAUGGCAGCCAGCAACUCCAUGAUACUUCCUCCCAUAUCUUCAGUGGCAGCAGUUCAAGUGACAGCAGUUUUAUCGUUGAGGGAAAAGUAGUGGUUGCUAAAAACCCAUGUUUACACCCCGUAGACGUGCGUGUUCUUAUGGCUGUCAAUGUGCCGGCAUUGCACCACAUGGUGGAUUGUGUUGUUUUCCCGCAAAAAGGAGAGAGACCACAUCCUCAUGAAUGCUCAGGAGGUGAUUUAGAUGGCGUUUACUGGGUCAGUUGGGACCCUGAUCUAAUUCCUCCUUGCCAAGUUCAACCCAUGAAUUAUACCCCGGAACCAACUAUGAAUUUGGAUCAUGAUGUUACAAUGGAGGAAAUUGAGGAAUCUUUUGUAAACUACAUAGUCCAUGACAACUUGGGGAUCAUUUCAAGUGCUCAUACUGUCUUUGCAGACAGAGAGCGAGACAAGGCUAUGAGUGCUCCAUGUAAAGAGCUCGCCAAGCUCAACUCCCGCGCUGUAGACUCUCCGAAAACUGGCGUGCUAGUCAAAUUGCCAUAUCAUCUACGUGCCAUAGAGUACCCAGAAUUCAUGGAAAAGCUUGACAGACCCACCUAUAAGUCGAAAGGUGUGAUUGGGAAGCUUUUCCAACAGGUGAACGAUCAUGUUGAGCUUGUAUCUCAUUUGUAUUCAAGCUCUCUUAAAUCCUUCACCAUGGAAGUCGCUUGGAAGUGUUAUGACCCUGACAUGGGGGUAGAUGGGUUUGAGGUCUACAUCAAUGAGGCCAUCAAUUACAAAAGGGAGUACGACUACAAGCUGGGAAACCUGAUGGAAUAUUACGGCAUCAAAAGUGAAGCAGAAAUACUAAGUGGGAAUAUCACUCAAACAUCCAAAUACUUCGAUAGAAGAAAGGACUUUAAAGAAAAUAUUGGUCACGCUGUAAGGUCAUUGAAGACAGAAGGUAGGGGCUGGUUUCAUGAGAAGCAGGGAAGUGAUAUUCAGUCGAAUGUCAGCAGCAACAGCAAUGAUGCAUAUGCAGCAAAAGCAUCAGCUUGGUGCCAUGUUACGUAUCAUCCUCAUUACUUCGGUUGCUACAAUGAGGGAAUGGCAAGGGAGCAUUUCCUCAGCUUUCCAUGGUGUGUCUUUGACAAGCUCAUCCAGAUCAAGAGGGAUAAAAGAAGUCUCUAAACUUCUUUACAUAUGUUAUCACUGGCGUGCCAUUCGACUUGAGAAAGUAAGCAUCAGGUGUUUGUUUGGAAAUUUGAAAGAUACUCUUAGCUGUUGUGUU